GGAGGGGGCUCGGGAGGGGAGCGGACGCCGUCGGCGAGGAUGGUGCUGGAGAGCGUGGCCCGCAUUGUCAAGGUGCAGCUUCCUGCGUAUCUUAAGCGGCUUCCAAUCCCCGAGAGCAUUACCGGGUUCGCUCGGCUCACAGUUUCAGAAUGGCUUCGAUUGUUGCCUUUUCUUGGUGUACUUGCGCUUCUUGGCUACCUUGCAGUUCGACCAUUCUUCCCAAAGAAGAAACAACAGAAGGAUAGCUUGAUUAAUCUUAAAAUACAAAAGGAAAAUCCCAAAGUGGUGAAUGAAAUAAACAUUGAAGAUUUGUGCCUUACUAAAGCAGCUUAUUGUAGGUGUUGGCGUUCUAAGACGUUUCCUGCUUGUGAUGGUUCACAUAAUAAACACAAUGAAUUGACAGGAGACAAUGUGGGUCCACUAAUACUGAAGAAGAAAGAAGUAUAA